AAUACAACAUAUUAAAAAAGGUUUCUAGUGUCCACGACAGAAAACACUCGCUGCAGGGUUGCAUACAUUUCAGCAGGUGCACACGCAGGUUUGCCCCUGCGUCAACUUUCGGAGGAGGGGCGUGAGACCACACCCUAAACCUUAUGUCUACAACCUGUCAAGGUGGGUGUGUCCCGAUACUUCGAAGGUUUGAUGACACGGAGCCGGCUGCCUCACACGCAGAGUAGAUAGCCAUGGGGAAGACAGGUGGAAGAGGCGACUUUGAAUGGGUCUACACUGACCAGCCGCACACUUCAAGAAGAAAGGAAAUUCUGGCCAAAUAUCCACAGAUCAAGUCUCUGAUGGGUCCAGACCCCCAGUUGAAGUGGGUGGUAUCGGGCAUGGUCCUAACCCAAUUCCUGGCCUGCUUCCUGGUCCACGACCUCUCCUGGAAAUGGAUCUUCUUCUGGGCCUAUGCAUUUGGAGGCUGUAUUAAUCACUCCCUGACGCUGGCUAUCCACGACAUCUCCCACAACGUGGCUUUUGGUAACAAACUGGCAAAAUGGAACCGCUGGUUCGCCAUGUGGGCCAACCUACCCAUCGGGCUGCCCUACUCUGCCGCCUUCAAAAAGUACCACAUCGACCACCACCGGUAUCUUGGAGGGGACCAGCUUGAUGUUGACAUACCUACAGACUUGGAGGGAUGGUUCUUCUGCACCCCAGCCAGGAAGAUCCUCUGGCUCUUCCUCCAGCCAUUAUUCUACGCCCUGCGCCCAUUAGUGGUCAACCCAAAGCCAGUGGGUCGGCUUGAGGUCCAGAAUGCAAUGGUUCAGCUUGUAGUAGACCUAAUUAUCUACUAUUUAUGGGGGGUGAAGCCCAUCGUUUACCUCAUUGCAGGAUCUAUCUUGGGUAUGGGACUGCAUCCGAUCUCUGGACAUUUCAUAGCUGAGCACUACAUGUUCCUUAAAGGACACGAGACAUAUUCCUACUAUGGAGCGUUGAACUUGAUUACCUUCAAUGUUGGGUAUCACAUGGAGCACCACGACUUUCCCAGCAUACCCGGCAGUAAACUACCUCAGGUGAAGGAAAUCGCAGCCGAGUAUUACGACUCCCUGCCUCAACACACUUCCUGGAGCCGUGUAUUGUGGGACUUUGUGUUUGACGACAGCAUCGGGCCCUAUUCCAGAAUCAAACGGGAGUACAAGCUGAGCAAACAGGAAUAGAUCUCCGAUUAAUUGAUUGAUCUGCUAAGCAAGAAUGUGAAUUGUAGUUGUCAGACGUCGGCUAACCACAACAAAAAGUUGACAUGCUCUCUAGUUUUGUUGCAUAGUAAGCCCAAUAACAUGUUUGACAUUGUCAUCUAAUCAGUGCUGCACUCGUGUUACUAUAAGGCAAUGUGCACAUUUCAGCUGCAUAUUUUACACAAAUGAGAUUUCACCUCAUAUGACUGGAUGUUAUUUAUUCAUGCUUGUUCAUCCUGCUAUAAAAAGACAGCCAGUGUCA